AUGACGACGAAAUCGAAACGACUGGGAUUUCAGCUAAAGACUUUUGUUUUGAUAGCCUGGUUAUCAAUCCAGAGCGGCGACGGGUACAGCUGCCCCUACGGCCAGCACUGUGCCCUAGAACCGGCUCCACCAGGCAGGACUCCGCCCUGUGCACAACCCGGGCUUACUUACUGUGUGCACCCUGAUCCUUACCCAGAGAAAAUAAUCCGCCAGCUCAUAGAAGCAGGACAGUACGACAUCAGCACUCUUCUGUCGGAUGAAACCCGUGACGAAUUUUCGUUAAAAAAAAACGACUACCCUUACGAUUACGGGCCCAAUUCACUGCCCCACGUCGACCAGAUCUCCUUGGUCAAUGACCCUCAUUAUCAAAAAAACUACAAGUUUCAUACGAGGUAUAAUCAUGACAUAUUUUCUCAGAAAACGCCGCUCCAGCCGCCAACAGCGAGCGACCCCACUCCAUACAACAUCAACGCCUACCACGCAAGCAACUUCUCAAAAUUCGGUUUCCAUGGUUACUCCCCAAACGGUUACUGGAACCCGACCAGGAGUUUUGGAGAUUAUGACAAAAAGGUCCUAAGACAGGGUCCGUUCACUCAGAAUUUCUUUGAACCGACUAAUUUUUAUCCGAACUAUGAGAGCAAUGAAUGGUUUCGUCCGUCAUCUUCUGGAGUGUCGCAGUACAAUCCUAAUGAGUGGUGGAAAUACAUGUCUCCAUCCCGCUCAGACGUGACCGUAGAGAGAUCGGUGACGUUUCCCACUCGCACGUCAACGGUACGCAGACGCAAGAGGAACGCUGAGUUGGUGAAGGCGGCUGAAAAACGAACUUUAACUGGAGCUGAAGCGUUGAGGAUAGCUUUAGGACUUGCUAAUGAAGAUUCUUCGGCAGAACGCCGCCGGCGACAAGCAGCAACACCAACCACACAGACUCUAUGCUCAGUCCGAACUGAAUUCAUACCUAUUAGGGCGGCCCUCAAUAACAAAGGCAACUGGAAAUAUGUCGUUAACAUGCCCGAUAACAUGUCACAACUUGUACGAGCUGAGGUUUGCACAUCUACGUCAUGCAGUGGAUUAUGCACAGUGCCACCUGGAUAUACUUCACGGUGCGAGCAAAAAUAUAUUCAAAAACGUUUGGUCGCUCUUCAGUCAAGUGGACAAAAUCUUUACACGGACGUAUUUUGGAUACCGAGCUGUUGCCAAUGCACGUUUACCGCUACUUCAAAUUGA